AUGUCCCUCAGAAUACCCCGCCUCCCCCGCCGCCCCCUCCCUCCCCCACCCAUCCCCCGUUCCUUCCCCCGCCGCCCCUUCUCCACCCCUUCCCCCACCCCCUCGGCUCCCGGAGCUCCCGGACCAGAACCGACCUCCGCCUACGCCAAAUUCAAAGCCCUCUCCAAGAAAUACGGCUCCUACGCCAUCGGCAUGUACUUCUUCCUCUCCUCCCUCGACUUUUCCGCCUCCUUCUUGCUCGUACACGCCGUCGGCGCUGAAAGGAUUGAACCUUUUCUAGACGAGGGCAAGGCGUGGUAUCGCUCCAAACGAUAUGGGGAGGAGAAGGCUUUGCGGCUGAAAGCUGAGGAUGAAAGGUCGAGAGAGGAGGAAGCUCGUGAAGCCAAGAAGGAUGGGAAGGUGGAGAAGAACAAGUGGUUCGGACGUACCUUCUGGGCAGAGGUUAUACUGGCGUAUACGAUCCACAAAACGCUGCUUCUCCCUUUCAGAGCGGGCUUGACAGUGGCGUGGACACCAAAGUUUGUCGGGUGGUUGACGAAACAAGGUUGGGUUGGGAAGGGCGGAUUGACAAGGGCCGCGACGCAUGCCCAAGGCAAAGUCAAGAAUGCUAGUGUAAAAGUCAAAGACCGCGUCAAGAGGCAGCCCUAG